CUUAUUCGUCCUCAUUCAAGCUCAUUCGCUGAGUAUAUGGAUAUUUUAGAUAAGGGUGAGAACUUAUUUGACUCUGAAAACAAACAAAAACUCUCUAAAUUUGGUUUGAGCCCUGAGGUAAUUACUGGCAAAAAAAUACUCGGAGCUAUUAAAAAAGGGACCCACGAGUUAAAAUCUACUAAGGAUCAGUUUAAGCAUGAACCUAUUUUAUUAAAGCUUAAGGGGAAAAAAAAAAUUCGUGUUUCUGAAGUGGAGAUAAAUAUUCAGUCUUUAAACCAUUAUGACGUUUUUAUCUUAGACGACGGCAAAGGAACUUUGUUUUUAUUUAAAGGGAGAAAUGCCCGGCGCCUUAUUCAUGGGUAUGCAGUUAAUUUGUGCCAGAAAAUGAAAGACCAGGACUAUGCUGGGAGAGGAAAAGUAGUUAAUGUCGAGGAUGAUGGUAUCAAUUCUACCAUAAAAUCGGAACAAAGCUUUUGGGAAGCCUUAAAAGGUGACAAAUCAAAUAUCCCUGAUGUCGAUGAUGAUGCAGAUGAAAUCUAUGAACGUAAUUACAUGGAAAGCAGAGAUUUUUAUGAAAAAGAAAGCGAUAAUGAAUUUCAUAGUAAAAAGCUUGCAUCGCCUAGCAGAAAAAUGCUGAACAAUUCAAAGUGUUAUAUUAUCAAAUGUGGGGAAGCCCUUUAUAUAUGGAAUGGUGCAAAUGCCGAUAUUGAAACACGCAAAGAGUGUGCUGACUUCGCAACUCAACUACAAUCUAAAAUUACAAGUAGGAGUUGGGCACCAGUUAGGACUAUAAUAGACAAAGGAGAGCCCACCUAUUUUAGAGAAUUCUUUAGCGAUUGGUCUGAUCAAAGUACUUUUUCUGCUAAGCCAGCUUUUGGUCAAAAGAACCUUGGUGUCUCCACUGUUGAGAAAAAGUCUAUUACUGAAAUUGAUGUAAACGAAAUGCUCAAGGAAGACACAAAACUUAUUACAGCACUUGAUGAUGGCACGGGCAGUUUAAAGGUGUGGCACUGCACAGAAAAGGUUAUUACGGAGAUAAAAGAAAUAGAGUUCGGUCAAUUUUUUGCAGAGGAAAGCUAUCUCGUGCUAUAUAAACGCUCUGAUAAGGCGGAAGAGUUUAUCUUGUAUAUAUGGAGAGGUGCAAAAGGGAGACCGAACGACUUGGGAGCUGCAGGUGUUCAAGCUUGUUCAAUUAAUCAAGAAUAUGGAGCUAAACAUAUAAAUAUUGAGCAAAACAAAGAAAAUGAACACUUCUUGAAAAUUUUUGAAAAAAGGAACGGCUUUUGUGUUGAAGAAGGAAGCAGAUACUUAGAUAAGAAAAUCGAUCGUUUAUAUAAAGUUUUAGAAAACAGUAAUGGUUGUCGGGCAUGCUACAUUAUUAAAAAAUUUUCGAGUUUAUCUUCCAACGCUACAUUUAUCGCGGUAAGUAAAGAUAAAACAUGGAUUUGGAAGGGUGACGGCAGUAGCAACACAGUUAUAGGGUACGCCCAUAAAGUCGCUAAGUUAGUUAGUCACGUACCACCAAUCGAGCUUCAUGAGGGAAACGAAUCCAAAGAGUUUAUUGACUUUUUCGGAAGCAAGGAGAGUUAUGGCAAUGAUCUUUUCUUAAAAGAGCCUGGAAUGUCAAAAUAUCUACGCAUGUGGCAUAUAAGCCAGCAUGUAGGCGAGCCAAAGACACAAGAACUUGAGCAGCCGACACAAAAAGAUUUCGAAAGUCAAGCAGUUUAUAUCAUUGAUUGCUUUUAUGCCAUAUUCGUGUGGGUAGGAAGCAAUGCCAGUCAAUACGGCUACCAGCUGGCAAUAAAAACUGCACACAAUUUGGAACAACAUGUGAAAAAAAAAGAAGUAGCGAGAAAUAAGUUCAACAUGCGCGCAACCAUCGUUUAUUCUGGAGAAGAACCACUUUCUUUUAAGGCAUUGUUUAUCACGUGGAAUGACGAAAAAACAAAAAAGAAAAUAAAAAAAGGCGCAAAUGAAAACAUCUACAGGAAGACCGCAUCAGCAUAUGUAGCGGAAGCGCUACAAGAAUUACAAGGGGGCAAAAAGUAUGCUGCAGAAGAAUUAGGAGUUGACUUGGCGAAACUCCCGCCAGGCGUCGACCCCGCAAAGAGAGAAGACAGUCUCCAAGAUGACGAAUUCGAAAAGGCGUUCAAGAUGAGCAAAGAAAAGUAUUAUGCUUUGCCUCAAUGGAAACAGCUUCAAAUUAAAAGAAGUUCAAAUCUUUUUUAACUUAUAAAUCUAAUAAUAAAAAUAACCA